AUGUCACAACAAACACUCCUCGGGCAAGAGCAUGAUUGCUACUUUGCUUCAGAUCCCCGGCAGAACCCAGAACUAUCCAAAUCCCUAGAAGGAAGAAAUGUCGUCCUUGCAGGCGCGGGACGUGGAAUCGGUCGAGCAUGCGCACUAUUCAUGACGCAUGCCAGUGUCAGGUCGCUUAGCCUAAUGGCCCUCGAACUCGACGAGGUCAAAGAAACAGCAGACUUAUGCCGAGAGAUCAACCCAAAUCUCCUCAUUAAGGUGGCCGCGUUCAAUGUUACCAAUUACCAACAGGUCGAAAACUUUAUCAGAGAAGCCGACACUGAGUUCAACGGCCUCCAUGUUCUUCUGAUGAAUGCUGGGCGGCCCCCCCAAUGGCUCCCGACUGCGCAGAGUGACCCAUCCAUCUGGUGGGACACUGUGGCUGUCUCGCUACAAGGCGGUUUCAACUUCAGCCGUGCUAUCUUACCGAUUAUGCAACGUCAAGGAGAAGGUCGCAUCAUCUUCACGUCCAGUUCUGGGGCUCAUGCCAAUUAUGGUAUGGGUAGCUAUAUCGUUGGAAAGCUUGGUCUCGUUCGUCUCUGCGAGAUUAUACAUCACGAAAACUUCAAGGAACACAACAUUAAAUGCUUUGCAUUCAAUCCAGGAUGUGUCAGAACACGUUUCUUUACCGACUUCAAGGAUCGCGUGGAUGGCAAGUCACAUAGCGAUAGUUACUUGUCCAAAGGCGUUGAAUACGAAGAUCAGUCUGCUCAAAACGCAGUCAACAUCCUGCAAGAUGUCACACCGGAUACGCCAGAGCUCCCUGCCGGGUUGGUGACGGUUAUAGCGAGUGGGAAGCUUGACUUCAUGUCUGGGCGGUACCUCGAUGCAGCUAAACAUGUCGAAGAUUAUCAGAAGGAGGAAGACAGCAUUAGACAGGGAGACUUAUAUCGCGUCCGCCUUCAUGCUGGGCCUGAUCACUUCAUUCCUCAUCUAGAUUACUAA